GAGUCUCUUGCUGUUUACAACUACCGGUGAGAGUGGCAUGGCCGUUGGCGAAUCUGAGUCCUGCCAGUUUCGUCAAUCGUUGGGCCUGUACUCGCUUCUUUGACUUUGACGUUCGCCACCUUUCGCGUUUUGCGAUUUGGCCGGCGGAACUGGCUGCCGGGCGGCGUGAGGUCCAAGUCGGGCCCCCGAGUUGAUGGCCAAGUUUUGGAUGUUAGUCCUUAGUGACUGAAGUGCGUGACCGGAAUUGAAACUUUGCUUACCUUCGACGUGCCUGAGCUAGCUAGAACUUGGUCUGGUCGGAUAGAGAGAGCGAGAGAGAGCUGGUGGAAUUGUAGGAUUCUGGUCCAAAAAUGGCGAGCAUUAAUUCCCUGAGAUCGCAAAAUUAGGCAACUUGAUAUACCAGUUUCUUGCCCUCGACGGCCUUAUUAUAUCUGCACCCUAACUAACGCUCCCAUUAUUGAAGGGCGAACAGGGGAAGCAGAAAAUGACGAAGCAGAGUCUCGUUGUUCAAGACACAUCAUCCUUCGCCAAGUCCGGCCUCAGCAUCGCCACCCUCUCGGCUGCGGUGUCCAAUUCUCCGUUGGCUGGUGCCAUCAAUUUCCAUUCUAAGUCCGCCACACGGAGCCCCAGGAAGCCCGUUCUCUCUCUCAAGAAACUGGAAACCGGGGCGCGGGUAAACCCUUGGCUGGAGUCCAUGAAGGCGUCGUCCCCCACCCACGUCAUGUCCGUUUCCUCCUUCUCUGCUCAGGAGGGCAAGCAGCCUGGUUCGACCGCCACCACCAACCUGAUCAUCCGCCUUCCAUCGGCGCUGAAGAAUUUCGACGACAUGAUGAAGGCGUCAAAGGGGAAGCAGAUCGUCAUGUUUCUCGACUACGACGGCACCUUGUCGCCGAUUGUCGACGACCCAGAUCGCGCUUUCAUGUCCGACGCGAUGCGGGCUGCCGUGAGGGACGUGGCGCGGUAUUUCCCCACUGCGAUAGUGAGCGGGAGGUGCCGGGAUAAGGUUUAUAGUUUCGUACGAUUAGCAGAGCUGUACUACGCUGGUAGCCAUGGGAUGGACAUUAAGGGCCCAGCGAAGCGACCGAGAGGCUUUAGAGCCAACUCUGCUACUGCCCCACCAAGGGCCGAUCGAUCUGUUCUUUGCCAACCUGCCAUCGAAUUUCUUCCCAUGAUUGACGAGGUUUACAAGGCGUUGGUGGAGAAGACUAAAUGUAUUCCGGGAUCCAAAGUCGAAAACAAUAAGUUCUGCGUGUCCGUUCACUUUAGAUGUGUGGAGGAAAAGAGAUGGCCUGCAUUGUUUGAAGAGGUUAGAGCUGUCUUAAACGGGUACCCUAAGCUGAGGCUCAGUCAAGGGAGGAAGGUAUUGGAGAUCCGACCCAUCAUAAAGUGGGACAAAGGCAAGGCGCUCGAAUUUUUGCUGGAGUCGCUAGGAUUUGCCAAUUGCAGCGACGUGCUGCCUGUGUAUAUAGGGGACGACCGCACUGAUGAAGACGCUUUCAAGGUUCUUCGCGAGAGGGGCCAAGGCUUUGGGAUUCUUGUCUCGAAGAUACCCAAGGACACGAAUGCGAGUUACUCCCUCCAAGAGCCGGCGGAGGUGAUGGACUUCUUGCACCGGCUGGUGGAAUGGAAGCGUCUCUCGAAGGUUCAUGGCGCGACCAUGUAAAUAAGCAAGACUGAACGAAGGAGGAGGAGAAGGGGGGAGGCCGCCGACCGCUCAUAUAAAAGCUAUAAAUGGCAAAAGGAUGCAUGAGAGCUGAAAGCUUUUUUCAUGCAUCGCCAUGUGGUUCGAUGGUUGACCCCUUUGUGAUAACGAAGUGUUGGUUUUUCAUUUUCUUUUUUAUCAUCUUCACUUCUUUUCUUCCUUGCUUUUUCUUUUCCUGGAAGUUUGAAAGCCUUGUGAAGCAAGCUUCCUGUUUCUUUUUGGACCUCGAGGCCCUUGUACACAAGGUCUAUAUAUAUACAAAGUGAAUACACAAACGACAAAAAUUUUGGCUC